ACUCCAACUACAUUCAAUCUCCACACUGUAGCCUCCAAUAACCUAAUCCAAACAUAACCACUUAUCACAAAUCGUUCAAUCCCAAGACAACAAAAACAAAAAAAUGUCGCCCUUCUCCAGUAUGGCCCGCAUGCUCCUAAUCAUGCACUCCCUCGUCAACAUGGCCCUCGGCGCAUACAGCUUCGUCAACACGCAAGAAUACGCGGCUAUAACCGGUGUAGAAGCUCCCGAUCGGGCCUUACAAUCAAUUGGUCUCGUUACCAUAGCAGUGGGAUGGUACCAACUUAUGUUCACGCUGCAGGGAAACAGGCGUAUGAUGGCGUCUACGAUACCGCUGAGAUGCGGAUUUGCAGCCGUCAUGGCAAUGUGGGAUAAGACGCCGCUGGUCAUGUAUGAGCUUUGCGUGGUGUGGUUUUGUUUGCUUGCGGUAUUUGCGUAG